CCCACGGUUUUCAUAGCUCACCUACCGCUGCCUCCACUCACUUUCUUUCACAGCUACUCAAGAUGGCGGCAGCUUCCUCCAUCCAGCCGCCGAGCGUUCACUCUUUAAACCAUGCAAACGCACCUUUCCUGGAUUCUGACAGCCCGGAGACCCGCCAGGAUGAGGACGCAGUUUCCGAGGGGACCAGUCUCCGAGACUUACCCGAUUUGGAACCGGAGGAGAUUGAGAAGAGGCUGGAGAAAACUCGCCACGAGUUGAGCAACAGGAGGAAAAUCCUCAUUAAAAACCUGCCACAAGAUACGACCAACCAGGAGGUCCAUGAGAUUCUGAGAGAGUACGAGCUCAAGUACUGCUUUGUGGACCGCAACAAAGGGACAGCGUUUGUGACCCUGCUGAACGGUGACCAGGCUCAGGGUGCCAUCCGCUCCCUCCACCAGAGCAACAUGCGUGGCCGAGACAUCACGGUGCAGCUCCAGCCCACCGACUCCCUGCUGUGCCUCACCAACCUGCCCCACACCUUCACCGCCCAGCAGCUGGAGGAGCUGGUCCGUUCCUACGGAAACAUCGAGCGCUGCUUCCUGGUCUACAGCGAGCUCACCGGACACUCCAAGGGCUACGGCUUCGUGGAGUACAUGAAGAAGGACUCAGCGUCGCGGGCGCGGUCAGAGCUGCUGGGGCGACCGCAGGGGGACCGCGCGGUCAUGAUCCAGUGGACAGACGUGAACCAGCUGACCGCGGGUCACCACCUCCACUCUAAGUGCCUCUGUGUGGACCGGCUGCCCCAGGAGUACGAGUCAGAGGAGCUGAACCUGCUGUUCUCGGAGCGCUACAAGCCUGUCUUCUGCCAGCUGGCCCAGGAUGAGGGCAGCCCGGUGCGUGGCUUCGGGGUGGUGGAGUAUGAGAGUGCAGAGCAGGCGGAGGCCAUUCUGAUAGAGAUGGACAAAACAUUGGUGGGAGGACAGGAGAUCCGUCUGUCUCUCUGCACCCCCGGAACCUCAGGCAGGAGCACAUUGGCCGCGCUCAUAGCUGCUCAGGGCGUGAUGUUGAGUAGUAAGAAGGGCUUACUGCCGGAGCCCAACCUGGCCCAGCUACUGAACAGCAUGACCAACCCAGCAGCCCUACAGGUCCUCAUGAGGCCCUACCACACUGGGAAACGAGGAGGGAAGUACGGGCGGCACCCCAGCCUUUCUCCGUUCCUCAGACCCCCCCUCACAGCAGCCCUGCUACAACUGGGGAAGGUACAGCAGAGUGCCAUGUUGGGGAACGGGCUGGUUCUGCAGAACCUCCUGCACAUGCAGCUGGCCCAGCAGCAGCUCUUACAUAUCAAAGACAAGCACAUCAGCAAUGUAUCCAGUCUGCUGGGUGACCCUUCUCGUCUCCUCCUACAGAAAGCCCUGGGUCUCAGACCUCCAGCCCACAUGACCUUGGGCAAAGGUCUGCUGGGUGACUCCCCCAUCGAGUUGGGUCAGGAGUCCCUGCCAGCGUCCAGUCAGGCCACGGUGUCAGCAGCGGGCAUGAUGCCCUACCUGCAGGCGCGGGCACACCUGGGUAUAGCCGGGGGAGGGGAGCUGAACGGGGCCUGCAUCUCCACCGCAGCCUCUGACAGGCAGCCAGCGCCUCCUGGGACCACGAUGCACGUUCAGCACCAGGGACACAGCUACUCAUUGGGAAUGAGCAGCCCGGGGCUGGGCCCCCCUCCACCCAAAGCCCCAGGGGCCCACCAGCUCGGCCUAUACAGCCACAGUAGCACCGACAGCAGCGCAGCUAGUGGAGCUCCCAGCUGUCAUAUCUCUCUUCUGGGUGAACCUCCUAAAGAGAUGAAGCUGCCCUCCAACCCCUACCUGAAUCUAGCUAGUGUGUUACCUGGCAUGGUAAUGCAAGCCCCGGCGGCCAGUAAAGCGCAGGCAGGACAGCCUCUGGCUGGGAUGUACAGCAGUGCUAUGCCACCUGUCUCCCAACCCUCCACCUCUCACGCCCCAGCGCCCUACAGCACAGAUACCUCUGCAGACUACAGCCAUUACAGCCAGGCAUACUCACAGGAGGCCAUUCAGCAGUGGUACCAGCACUACCAAGCACAAGCCCAGAGCUACAGCACCGCCCCCCAGGAGAGCCAAGCUGUGGACUACGCCAAGGAGCACACACAGGCGGCGGCGCCGUCCUAUGGGGAUUACAGCUCCUACAUGCAGGCUGUCAGUCAGUACUAUUCUCAGCCUCCCGUGACCCAGCCACCUCCCCAGGCUUACCAGAACAGAGAACCCACCAAGGAGGCUGACGUGUGUAAGCCACUGGGUGUGUCUCUACAUGCGGUCAGUAACAGUGGUGCCCAGUCGGUGCUGCCAGCCUACAGCUCUAUCCCUAUGAUGCCAGGCUUCAUGACCGUGCCACCUCCCUCCACACACACACUCCCACCCAGCCCUGUCACACACACUCAGAGUGCCCAAGCGGCCAGCGAAUGGAACCAGUAUUACUAUAAUCAGGCUCGGGGGCAGAAGCGGGAGUACCCUCACUUGGCGGUGCAGAAUAUGACAUCAGAGGGCGUGUAUGUGGGGCAGCACUCCCAGGGGCUAGGGGGGCAGUACGCUGACUACUUCAAGAAGAAGAGGAUCUAGAGAUGACCUAUGACCCCCCCCUCCCUGCACCCUAACCCCUACAGUACAUAAACACAGUCUCGGGCUUAGUGUUGUACAACUUUGGUUAACACACACACCGUUAUGUCGCUUUUGUCCUUUUUCAAGCCUUAAUUCUGAACUAUUACUCUCUUCUCAGUUGAUGUGUAAAUGUUUAUUGACUAAUAAUCUGUACAUGGUUUGUAUUGUAUAUAUGAGCUGCUUUUGUAUUUUAUGGCCAAUCAGUCAGUCUGCCUUGUUGAAGGCCAGUCACUGUGUAGUCGGGUUUCUCUCUCUCUCUGUUUUUAUCUCUCUGUGUCUCUGUGUCUUUCUUCAAGUGGGGGAAACUGUACAGCGUUGCACACAGAGUUGCUUUGAUGCCUUGCUGUAACUGACGUGUUUUUCUCUUCCUCGGUGUCUUUCUCUUUUUCUGACUGCCUCAGUGUCUCUUUUUAUCUCUCUUCGCGGAGACCUUGACUUGGCGCGUGUGUGUAUGUGUGUGUGUGCGCGCGCGUGCAUAUUUGUUGUGCCGUGCUGUAAGCGUAGGAGUGAUCAGCCAUUCCCAGGGUACAAGGCGGCGGGUCUACCCUGGAAACUCAAGAGACACAGGAAGGGGGACAUCCAAUCACUGCUCUUAACCUUUAACAAUGGACACUAACCCUAACGUAGCAGGUGUAAAAGAAACGUCUGAAACUAGAUCCUCUACAUACUGGUCUUGACGAGAAGAAGAAAAAAAACCUGUUGGGGGAGGUUCUCUUCUGCACUGUUCAACCAAUCCAGUAAAUGUGGAGGAGGAGUUAAGAUGGGAGUGUUUCUCAGGUGUCACCUUGUUAACAUGCAAAAGUGGAACUCCCGGCUCUCUUUCCAUUUCCCCUGAAAACCGGAACAUCCGUUUGUUGGGGACUCGGCCGAUGCUAAUGGACACUUACAAAGGCUGGGCUGGUCUACUAGCAAAUGAAUGGACACCUAAACGUGGUAUCUUAUAGCCAUUAGAAUAGUCACCGAGUGGACACUUCUUUGUGCCCAUAUAGUUAUGUAUUAUAACUUGCUUGUAGAUGGACACUUACUAGGCCUUCAUAUGGUCCUGUGUUUGUGAUAGCUACAGGUUUGAAACCUUCCUGUUUAUAAUGGCUGUUGUUUUCUGUAGGGGCCAUGGAACAGUGGCUCAGUCGCUAAACGCAAUAAGGUACGCAGGAGGAGGACUCCCAGGUUUUCCCAGGUUCUUCUCUUCUUUACCCACUGGUUUUAUGUUUUAAAUGCGGUGGACUUUUCAGGAACGGGAAGGACUCUGGAGAGACAAAUAAACCAACCGACACUUUAAUACCGCUUAAUAAGCUGCCAUUAGAAAUGAAACCCCAAAACAGAAAGAUUCAGGAGAGUAGCCAUGUUGAAUUAUCUCAGAGAUGUUGUGGACUCUCAAUUCUAUUUUGAGUCGGUCAAUUCAGGAAUUUAAAAGCCAGAAGUAUGUAAUAAUAAAUCAGCAAUUUUCAUCAAGCAAUGAAUCUAAUUUCAAUUCAUCCCCUUAAGACUCAUGUGGUACAGUGCAAGUGAAAAGGCCCUGAACCCAACCCUGGUGAUCUGACAGAGGGGGUGCUAGGGGUAUGAAGGCCCCAGGAGAGGGCAUGGAUGAGGGCUAAGUGUUGGCACAGGUAUUCAGCCUGAGACCCAGGCAAUAACGACAACUACUGCACCAACAAAUAUCACAAUGCCAACACGAAGGCGUUACCUCUCUGCUAUAAUAAAUCAAAUCUGCCCGUCUCUUGAUUUAUCUCUUUUCACCUUUCUUCCUGUCCUUUUCUCUCGUUAUAUGCUACCUACUCUCUAAUCUGUCUGUUUUCAUCCUCCACUCUUGACUUGAUGAGGCUGCGUUCUCCUGUGUCACGUGACUUGAUGAGGCUGCGUUCUCCUGUGUCACGUGACUUGAUGAGGCUGCGUUCUCCUGUGUCACGUGACUUGAUGAGGCUGCGUCCUCCUGUGUCACGUGACUUGAUGAGGCUGCGUUCUCCUGUG